AUGCCUCUCUGGAAGAUCAACCACAGCGUUGGCAUCUUCACCAACCAGGCAGACAAAGACGCCAUCGCCAAAAAAGCCACCGAGUGGUACCAGAGCGUCGGCCUGCCCGCCUUCUACGUCCACACGCUCUUCGUCCCUUUCGAGCGAGAGAAUGGCUUCACGGGAGGCAAGCCGCACGCUGCGCCGUAUGUGCUGCUCGAAGUCGCGCACAUUGCGAGAAACUGGGAGGGAAACAAGAAAGCCGCCGAGGCUAUCAAAAGAGGCAUCGACGGCGUUAUGAAGCCGUUUACGACGGACAAGGGCAUCCAUCUCGAGUAUGCGGUCCUGGAAGGCCCGGCCGCGCUGUGGCGGAUUGACGGGGUGGACCCUCCCGAGGCGUUUGGGCCGGACCAGCAGGAGCAGGCGGCAAAGAAUCGAAAGAUAUUGGCUGACAAGUAUCGAUCGUUGCUGUAA